AUGAACAAGGAACAUUGUAGCUGUGUCCCUACCUCUGUUGGCUCAUGGGUGUCUAUCUCUCCCAAAUCGAUUGUGACCGGCAUCCCUAGCGGCAUCGUGGCCUUCAAAGCAAUAGAGGGUCUGAAUGCGAAUUUUGGAACCACCUCGUCUCUCCUCAAAGAGUAUCUGUCGCCGUCUGUUCACGGCUGGGACGCUGACUCUCCUAACUUGGAAGUGGUUUUAAUCGGCUUCGACUGUGUGGCUCCUGAAAGUCACCUCUCAGGCUAUACGUUUGUAAUACACACCUAUGCCUCAACAACCUUCGCGCGUUCUGGACGCUAG